UAGAACGGUUUUGGAGCCAAUUUUUAAUUUAAAUAUGAGUUAACUCUGUUAUCUUAACAGUCAUUAAUAUUAAAUUGUAAAAAUUCCGCUUAAAAUUAAUAAAUGACUUUGAAAUAUAAAUCAAUAUGUGUACCUAAUGACGAGGCAAGCCACAACUGGACGUUCCGCUAGCGCAGCCCUGACGGACAUCGCCCCAUUUGCCCCUUGGGUUUGGAUCGAACGAUUGCGUAGUCGCGACUAUAUCUGCAGGCCUUCUUUCUGGCCCUGCGAUUAUUUCAAUUCGGCUAUAUUAGUGUAAAUUCUAAAUUUGAAAUCAGUGUAAGACCAUAAUUUCGACAACAUUGACACUUACAAAAGUUGAUAAAGAAUACGUAUAUAAUGGAAGAUUCCUACAUAAUCGCCAAUUUUCAUAGUUUGUGUCGAUUAUGUCUGAACAAAAGUACGUUUACAACAUCAAUAUACGGAACGUCGCCUGAUGAUGAAAACAAUAUAUCUUUAACCUCAAAAAUAGCUGAAUGUUUCGAACUACAGAUUGAUCCUAAUGAUGGGCUCCCUGGAAGGAUUUGUUACAAAUGUUUAUUCAAAGUGGAAAAAUGUUGUAAAUUUAAGUUGCAGUGCAUACAAAAUGAAAAUAGGCUCAGAGAAAUAACAAACAGAGCAAAUGAUAUGGAUAACUCUAAUUCAUCAGAACAAAGCAGUUACAACUACAGCAGUCAAGAAGUACAGAAACCAAAACCUGAAGAGUAUAUUGUUGAGGAUAGUGUUGUGAUGGUUGUUGAUCCGAGCCUUGAUUAUGACUCUUCUGAGGAAUCUGAGAACAUGGAGCAAGUUGAACAGGAAGUGACUGAGAGGAAUAAUACUCCUGAAGGAGAUCCAAUGCCGGAGUCUUUCUUCAAAAAUGUAUUUAUGUGUCAAUAUUGUGACCAGGCAUUUAUUUCUCAAGAGAAAUGUAAAGAACAUGAACUCAGUUAUCAUGAUCCAAAUUUACCAUACAGGUGUGUUGAGUGUAGUCUUGUGUUUGCAGAACGUAGCCAGUAUGUACAACAUACAAAACAAGUUCAUGGUAAUGAUAAACCAUACCACUGUCCAGAAUGUGAAAAAUCCUUUGGUAGGCGAUCAGAUUUACGAAAACAUUCUAUUGUUCACACAGGUAUUAGGCCUUAUCAGUGUCAAUACUGCUUUAAAAGUUUCUCGCGUAACACUAAUUUGAGUAAACAUCUUCGUAUUCAUUCUGGACAGAAGCCACAUGUCUGCCCUUUGUGUCCUAGAAGCUUUGUUGGUAAAGGAGAUUUGCAGCGCCAUGUACUGGUUCAUUCAGGCAUGAAACCAUAUGCAUGUCCUAAAUGCCCUUUAACAUUUGGACGCAGAGACAAACUCCUCAAACAUCAAGCGAGACAUGGGCCAAUGAGCCCAGAACAGAAAUCCAGUGAAUAUGAUAAUGACCAAGACACACAUGAUAUGGUUGUUAAUGUUAAUCCUUUCAACAACCUUAUGACAUCACCUUCUGAACUUAAUCCUGAAUCUUCAAAUACUGUUUAUGAUUUACCAAGAGUUCCAGACCAUAUUUCUGGAGAAAGUAGUUUUUUAAAUCAAGUCCAGAAGAAUCCCUCCACAUCUUCUAAGCAUGUACAGAAUUCACCUACAAAACAAAAGUCAGCUGUUACAAGUAAAAAUAGACCAAAGAAUAUUAAGUGUCAUCAAUGCCCAAAAAGAUUUUCAUCACUUGAUGCUUACAAAACACAUGUGUCUAUAGCUCAUGUGGGAUCAAGGGUGUUUCAAUGUAAAGUAUGUUUCAAGAAAUUUGCAAGAAAAAGAGAGCUAGAUCGCCAUGCAACAAUACACUCUGGUAUGAAACCAUUUGCCUGCAAUCAAUGUGAUAAGAAGUUUACAAGAAAAGAUAAAUUAGAUAAACAUGUAGAGACUCAUGAAAGCUUGGUUGUGAAUCUGCCUUGUAUAGAAUGUGGUGCCACUUUUGAGAAAAAAGCAGACUUAGUAGCACAUUUGAAGUCACAUUUUUCAGAUAACUUUGAUGACAAGUGUCUGGAGACACAAAUAAAAAAUGAGGAGGAAUCUGAAUUCUCUUUAGGAGAUAACUUCUAUGAUUUAGAAACUUGAAACAUUUGACUAGACAUUGACGAAAUGUCUUAUUGUAACAAUGUAGUUAAAUCAUAUAUAAUAUUCUAAAGAUGAUUAUAGCCAAUGUACUUAAUGUAAAGAGUUUAUAAAAUACAUGGAGUAGCUAUGUUGGAAUAUUAUUAAAAUAAUUAAUCCUUGAUGGGGUAGAACUAAUAUGUUAAUUGUUGAUAUUGUGGUGAUUGUGACACUCACUCAGUUUGCUCAAAUUUUAUGGAGCAUAUAUAAAUCUAAAUAUUUACAGUUUAUUAUUUUAUGCACAAUACUGUGUCUUAGUAUUUAUAAUUAUUUGCACUUUAUAUGGUAAAAAUGUAAGAUUUCUGUUUGUUUCCUCUCAAAUUGGCUUAUUUUAUUUCCAAGGGUAGGUUCAAUAAAGAUGUUUGUUAUACAUAUAGAUAUAAAAUAUAAUAAAGUAGCUAGAAACUAAAUAUAUGGGGGAAUUAAAACCUUAUAUAUUAUAUAAAAUGGUACUGUCUCAGUAGUCAGUAAAUAUAAAAUUAAUAUAUAGGUAUUCCAUUUGAGAGAGAAAUUUAUAAAUACUUAACUAACCUUAACCUGCCCUUGUUAUUGUGCUCCCUCUUAGUAAAUUUAUUAUAGCCUUUGGGGAACUACCAUUUUGAGACUAGUGAAAAUGGCCAGGUUUAAUAUGUAAAUUAGCAACAUCAAUAGUUAAACAAAUUUUAGGUGUUAUUUACUUUCAGAACACCAUAUUAACUGUGGUAUUUGACUAUAAUGUACAACAUAAAUGUGACACUAAUUAUAUAGAUGAAAAUAUGCACAUAAUUUUAAAGAUAUUGUAUUGUAAUUAAAACUAUUAUAUAAUUAUGUGAAGUUUAUUAUUAUUGUAUACAAGUUAUGUUUGUCAUGGUAUAACAAUCACAACUCCAAUAAUAUAAUUAAUAAGCCUAUACUGUUACAGCAUUCACCAAAACUUAAUGGUGAAGUUAAUUGUUGAAAAUAAUUAAGUACUUAACUAUUGUUGUGAUUUUAUUUAAAUAAUAUUUAUUUCACUAAUAAUAAAAUAUAAAAACAGUUUAUUUUAUUACUCAUUCAUAUAUGAUACUAAAUGUAUGUUCUGUUGUAUUAUAUAUUAUAUUGACUUGAAUUU